AUGGCAAAAGGUUGCGCUGCCAUGGACACAGACUCAUACUGCCCCAAGAGUCUCAGGAUCCCGCCUGAGAACACCUGCAGAACAGUGAGGGGUAUACAUGUGAUCGUGAGGAACACAGUGGCCCUCUGGCAGUGCAGGGCGUGCAGGUCAAGACGGCCAGCGCCCUCGGCCUGCGGCGCAAGCGUGUGUAGCGCCGACGUCAGACCCCAGGCGAUGGCGAAGCAAGCGGAGAAGAACUGGCGGCCCAACGCCGCCGCUGCCAGGUCAUCCUGCGCGUGGGGCAGGUGCCCGAUGAAGCCCAUAUAA